GAGAGGGCAGGAUCCACCAGCUCUCCCUCAGCAUCUCCCACCAGGAAAGCCCAGGAGAGGAGCUGCCGCUCAGGACACCUUUGGGAGGGUCCCUUAGCACAACAUAUGCUACAUCAACACCCACGGCUGCUUUCCCCUUCCAGGAAAGAGGAGAAGGAGGGAGAGGAAAGAGCUCCGGAGUGCUCCAGGGAUUUUCCAUGUAACCAAAAGCGGACGAUGCCCCCGGGAGCCGCUGCCGGCCCCUGCUCCGUGUGCGGCAGGUGAGCAUCACCUGCGGGGCAGCCCCGCGCCCGCCAGCUGCCCCUGCUCCGCUGAUCCCCCUGCUCUGAUGCCGUUCUGGAUGUCCCGGUGAGAACUCUUAGAGAUGCCUAUUCUCUCCAGAGGCAGUGACCAAGACUAUAGCAACAUUAGCUACAACUCCUGCAAUUCCUUGAGCCACUUGCUUCCCAUCUGCGUGGAAACCCCUUCUGUCAAGGGGGUCCAUUACCAGAGAGCCAGGAGGAUUUACCACCCUGACCAAGUGUCUGCAGUCGAUCUGAAGACAGAGAUCAUGAUCAACGUUGGAGGCAUCAAGUACCUGCUGCCCUGGAGUACUUUAGACGAGUUUCCCCUGACCAGACUGAGCAAACUAAAGCUUUGCAGCAGCUAUGAAGAAAUCAUCCAGCUGUGUGACGAUUACGAUGAGGACACCCACGAGUUCUUCUUUGACAGGAACCCCAACGCUUUCGGGAUGAUUGUCAGCUUCCUAGCAGCGGGGAAGCUGAUGCUCUUGAGAGACAUGUGUGCCUUGUCUUUCCAGGAGGAGCUGAGGUACUGGGGCAUUGAGGAAUCCAACCUGGAGAACUGCUGCUUUCGGAAGCUGUUCCAGAAGCUGCAGGAGCUGGCCGAGAUCCGCAAAGAAGAGGAGCUCCGGAGGAGCAAGGAGGCUUCGUGUGUCUUGGAUGAGAAAACCAGAUUUGGGCAGUUCAUGAACAGACUCAGAGAUAUGGUGGAAAAUCCCCAGUCAGGACUGCCAGGCAAAGUCUUUGCUUGUCUCUCCAUCCUCUUUGUGGCCACCACAGCUGUCAGCCUUUGUGUGAGCACAAUGCCAGACUUAAGAGCUGAAGAAGACAGGGGCGAGUGUUCCCAGAAGUGCUAUUACAUCUUCGUCAUCGAGACCAUCUGCGUGGCUUGGUUCUCCCUGGAGUUCUGCCUCCGCUUCAUCCAGGCCAGGAGCAAGUGUCAGUUCUUCAAAGGACCCCUGAACAUCAUUGACUUCUUGGCCAUUUCCCCUUACUACGCCUCCCUCAUCUUCUCCGAGGACGACUCCAGCGAGGAGGAGGACAGGCCGAGCAGCAACACGUACCUGGAGAAGGUGGGCUUGGUGCUACGGGUUUUACGUGCCUUGAGGAUCCUCUACGUCAUGCGCCUUGCCCGGCACUCCCUGGGCCUGCAGACCCUGGGCCUCACCGUGCGCAAGUGCACGCGGGAAUUCGGGCUGCUGCUGCUCUUCCUGUGCGUGGCCGUCACCCUCUUCUCCCCCCUGGUGUACCUGGCCGAGAACGAGUCGGGCAGGGUGCUGGAAUUCACCAGCAUCCCCGCCUCGUACUGGUGGGCCAUCAUCUCCAUGACCACCGUGGGCUACGGGGACAUGGUGCCGCGGAGCGUGCCGGGCCAGAUGGUGGCUCUCAGCAGCAUCCUCAGCGGGAUCCUCAUCAUGUCCUUCCCCGCAACCUCGAUAUUCCACACCUUCUCCCACUCCUACUCUGAGCUGCGCAAGGAGCACGAGCGGCUGCAGUCGCGGCUGAGCCGGGCGAAGAGCGCCAAUCGCUCCGGGGAAAGUGACACCUUCAACGAGACGGACAGCCUGGUCCUGGAGGGACAGGCCUCCCCCAUCAAAUACAUCUACACGGGGAACUGAGCCUGGAAACCCCACCAAAUACAUCUACACAGGGAACUGAGCCUGGAAACCCCACCAAAUACAUCUACACAGGGAACUGAGCCUGGAAACCCCACCAAAUACAUCUACACAGAGACCUGGGCCUGGAAACCCCACCAAAUACAUCUACACAGGGAACUGAGCCUGGAAAUCCCACCAAAUACAUCUACACAGGGACCUGGGCCUAGUGCUCCCCAUCAAAUACAUCUACACGGGGAACUGAGCCUGGAAACCCCACCAAAUACAUCUACACAGGGAACUGGGCCUGGAGACCAC